AUGUCGUUGGCGAUGGACAAAGCCUUAAUGGCUUUAUCACUUGACGAAGAGGAGGCUCCGUUUGUCAUGCCAGACCUCCCAGAGUUUAGCUCGGCGGAAGACAACAAGUUGAGUCUGAUGGGGAGGCUUCUGAAUCCUGACCGACAGAAGAUGGCGCUGCUGAUUAUGAAGAUGCCAAGGAAAUGGCAGAAGGAAGGGAAGGUGAGAGGGGUGGCCUUAUCCCAAGAACGCUUCCAGUUCAUUUUCAAAAAUGAACACGACUUGGUCGACGUGUUGGACAGAGGUGUUCAAACGUUUGAGGAAUGGGUCAUUGUGCUGGAAAGAUGGGUGGAGAAUCCACCUGAGGACUACCUGCAACACAUCCCGCUGUGGGUUCAGAUUAGAGACAUACCAGUCAACUGCUACAAAACAGAGGCUUUGACGGCGAUUGGGGACUUGGUUGGAAAAACGGUUCUGGUAGCCUUUGAUCCAACUAAACCCAUUACGCAGGACUUCAUUAGGGUUUUGGUGAAGUUCAAUGUAGCCAACCCUUUGCGAAAAACAAAGGACAUCAUGUUGAAAGGAGGCGUAACAGCUACUGUUAGAUUCAACUAUGAGAAAAUCCAGAAACGUUGCUUCACUUGUCAGCGUCUAAAUCACGAGAAGGACCUUUGCCCUUUAACGAUUAGGCAAAGACAAGAAGUCUCGAGAGUAAGAAGAGAAACAGCGAUGGCUAACCUGCAGAAGAGUGAACUGAUCCUGAAGGCUGGAGACCCUCUUUAUGGUGUCUUGGAGGAGGAACAGGUAGCUAUAGAUCCAACUUCUGGAAGAGGUAAGAUAGCCAAGGAGAUUCUGGAGGAGAUGAGAAGAUACUUAAGGGCCGAUACCGGAGAAAGUCAUGGGAUAAAGGUUGACAAGAUACAACAAUCAGUGAAACUUGCAGAGCAAGGAACUACUUCACAGAGACUAGCUCUGAGAAUGGAGUCUCCUCCUAAGGUCACAAGUGAUCUAAACAAAGGCAAAGGUCAUAUCUUUGAUUAUGAAGAGAGGGAGGAACACUCAGAUGCUCUAAGCGUGAAGAGUAACCCCAACAAGUUGAUGGCUGCCUCCAUGACUGCGCAACGAAACGCGGAUCGCAAGUCUGCGCCUUGCCUCAUGCUUCUCGAAGGCAAUGCAGAUAGCUCUGAUAAGGCUGGUUCCUUACCCUCUGUUUACUCAACGGUGUUCAAAGCAGUUAAUACUGCUCCCUGUUCUUCCGGAGUUCCUAGGAAAAGGCCAGCCCCGAGAAGACGUCCACCAAAAUUGGUUCGUCAACAGAAGAGCCGAGAGAGUAAGGGACCGAACGUGGAUUUGCUAGAGGAGAAGAGGGCGGGCAAACAAGCUAUGGGAAAUAGUAAGAAGAGGAAAUGCUCAGUGGAAGAAGAGGAGAGGAACUCAACCAGCAAGACGGCUUGCACUAAGGCGAUCCCAAGUGAGGGUUCGCCGUCGUCCCAAUGA